CCACCAUGUCCUCCAUCAUCGGCCGCUCUGCCUUCCGCGCUACCCGCGCCCUCCGCUCCACCGGCGGCGCCGCUGCCCAGGGCGCCAACGGCGACAAGGCCGCCAGCAAGGACGCGCUCAAGGCCGCGGGCAAGAAGGACCCCGAGCUCUACGUCCUGUGGACCAUCAUGGCCGGCGCCUUCGGCCUGGUCGGCUGGCACUUCUCCCGCAACCCCACCUCGUCCUCCUCCGAGAACCCCGUCUCCAAGGUCCCCGGCACCGAGCCCUGGCAGACUGGCGGCUCCGGCAAGUACCUGUACCACCCCGGUGGUGACGCCAACGCCUCUCCCCGCGAGGCUCCCUCGGCCCUGAACACGGUCAUCAUCCCCAACGUCAACCUGCCCAAGGAUCUCCACGAGAAGUACAACAAGUACGGCAAGGACGGCUACUAAAUUACCCGCGUAGGUCCAGAGCUAGGAAAUGGAAGCUUAGAGGAGGUUUGCGCCAAGGGCGCGCAUGAACGCCCUUGCGCUUGUACAGUCGAAAUUCCCUAGGCCGUG